GUCCUACAUGCCUCGGUACCCAGCAAACCUCAAAAGUACAUAUGACUUCUAAGGCAUUUACUUCUGCCUAGGACAGGCGUUCAAUCGUUUGCCUAUCUUUUGUCCUCUCUUGGAAGCCCCCGAAGUUCGUAUCAGUACCUGCAUAGUACCUGCCUCGACCCCCAUCAGCCCCCAUUUUCAAUAAACGCUUACGCCCCAUCUACUCGCCCCAUCAUGAUCCGGUGUGCCUUGCUCACACUGGCAGCCGUGCUACUCAGAGUUGCCAAACCCGAGUACUUCAGACUUGGUGGGAAACUCGGUCUCUCCAGCAGUCAGCUUGUAACCCUCCAUUACUACCUCAAGUGGGCGUUGCCGAUAUGGGCCCUUGUAGACUUCAACUCGGUGCUCAAUCGCUUUGCCGAAAGGCGAUGGAUCUGGAGGACCGACAAGUCUAUUUGGGAUUGGAAGAAUGAAGUCGCUGUAGUCACGGGUGGUUCGGCGGGUAUAGGAGGUUGCGUGGUCAAGAAGCUCACAUCUCAUGGCAUCAGGGUCGCUGUGCUCGACGUUAGCCCCCUGUCAGAAAUCUUUACCAAAGAUGAGCUUGCUCUCGUACGAUACUACAAGUGUGACAUCACAUCGCGAGACAACAUCCAUCAGGCGGCGGAAGCCAUACGUUCCGACUUGGGCUCACCAUCCAUACUAAUCAACAAUGCUGGCAUCGGUAACGCGUGGACUGUAAAAGACAUCCCCCAAGCCAACCUCAACAGAAUGUUCGACAUCAAUCUUCUGAGUCACUGGAGCACCGUCCAAGAGUUUCUGCCAGACAUGCUUGCUAAGAAAAAGGGCCACAUCAUGGGCGUCGCAAGUCUUGCUUCCUUCGUUGCACUCGCCGGUGCCGUAGACUAUAGCGCCACCAAGGCGGCGCUCCUAGCUUUCCACGAAGGAUUAACGCAAGAGAUUAAGCAUCGCUACAAGUGUCCAACGAUCCAGACCUCCAUGGUCCAUCCCAACUGGACCAAGUCAGCAAUCACCUCACAUGAGGCGAUUGCGGCGGGGCUGAAAAGUGUUCGCGCAAACAUCCUGGAGCCUGAAGAUGUAGCCGAGGCCAUGGUCAACCAGAUAGUCUCAGUCAAGAGUGGGCAACUGAUUCUUGGCCCAGCGAUUACUCCCAUUAUCCGAGCACUGCCUCUUUGGAUAGGGGAGCUUAUUCGAGAUAGCCAAGCCAAGGUCGUCACCGGCGAUGGCUCCACUGGUGCAUGAACGAUUCCCUCGACACGGUGAUGACAGGGAAGAGCGGCACUUCCUACGGGCGGUACGGAGCGUACCCGUUCCAGCCGCCUGGGGCCAGCAGCGUCAGUGAGAACUGCAUGUUCCAACCAGACACGCCCCGCCGCAAUUUCGAGAGGCUUGUUGGAAUUUUAGCGCGAAGCCGAAUCAGCGGCACAGGCACUGUCGAGGUCGUAGAGGUUGGAGAGGGCUGCGCCACGUCAAUAUCGGGGUCGGCAGUCAGCAGGGCUUCUUCUGUCAAUUUAGCGAAGUCAAUAGAAGGUAUUUUGCGCAGCACAUCAUGGGUAAUGCGACCAAAUUGCCAC